UAUAAACGCACCUGCAGCGGAAGGAGGGCGCACAACGAGUAUAUUUGUGUCUGACCUGGGAAACAUCUUAGUCCGUGUAACUGGAAACUCAGAAGUACGUAUAAAAUACGUAUAAAAUGUCAUCAAACAUCAUCAUUUGUUUUAUCUCUACCCUGCUGCUUUUAAACUUGGUUCAAGCCAAACCCAUCUCCAGCCUGCAGAGUCUUAAGCAGCUGCUGGAGGAGGACAGCAACGCGCCGUUUCUCGCUUCCGAGGAGAAAGUGGAGAAGGAGGACAAAGACAUGAAUUCUGAGAAGUUCAACGCAGAGAACCUGCCGCCGUGGGGGACCGGCGUGAAAAACGGCGCGCUUUCGGAGAAUGAGAAUGUAAUCGCGCGUGUCCUCAACGAUAUCCUGUCGACCUCCAAGCGCUCCUGGAGCAGAUUCAAGAAGGGCGGUCUGAGGAGCUGCUUUGGCGUCCGACUGGAGCGCAUCGGCUCCUUUAGCGGACUGGGCUGCUGAACGACAGGUGCCACCGGACAGGCAAAUCCUCUUCGGAAAUAACGCAUACCUUCAAUCCAGAAAAAAAUGAACGUUUACAAUAGUUUUUAUGACAGUUGUUUAUUAAAAGUUUUGUUUUUUGAUGUCCUUUUAACUCUUAGAUGUAUAUACAGUUAUUAAAAAUGAACAUUGGACUAUUAACUCCGCUAUGUUUUAUGUAUUUAUUUUAUUGUGUAUAUAUAUAAGGUAUGGUAUUGGAUGCGAAAUAAAUAUUUUGCUUAAUAAGAGAAUGGUGGAGUUUUUCUUAUGCAUUUUUGACUCUCCUCGCAGAAAAUAUAUUAGAUAUUAAAAUAAGCAUCAAAUACAGUUAGACAAAAUUACUCCAAUCUAUUUCACUGUAUAAUCUACAAUGUACAACAGACCGAAAGAAUUAUAGAAAUUAUCAGUGUUGUGCCACCUUGUCCUAUGGAUGUAUGCUAAUGUCGAGUAUGUAUAUUGUCAUAACCUUAUUAAAAUCUUAUUAAUAAA